AUGCCUCAGGAUGCCCACGUGACAGCCCUGCUCUAUGGGUGCCCUGGUGACCAGUAUGCUUCCAGGAUCCAAGACCUGGACGCGGGCUUCUCAGAUGUUCCUGCAACCCAUGAGGAGCUCCUGUUAUCUGAAGGGAAGUGGGCACACCUGGAGAGCCAGGCAGAGCGAGAAUUGGGAACUGCAACGACAAAGAUUGCCAUGAUCCUAGCAAAUCUCCUUCUCCAAAGGAACACCAUUCCCUACAACCAUUGCUUGGCCCAGAUGUUCUUCUUGAUAGGCUUCACAGGCUCAGAAUGCUGGUUGCUGGCCAUCAUGGCAUACGACCGCUACGCCGCCAUCUGUCAGCCUUUGCGCUACUCCCACCUCAUGAGCCCACGUGUCUGCAUGGCAGCAGCCAUUAUUGCCUGGAUCGGGGGCUUCCUGGAUGCAGCAGUGCACACAGCCUUGGCUUCCAACUUAAAUUUUUGCAGAGCCAACCAAAUCCAUCACAUCUUUUGUGAUCUCCCACCGCUGCUGAAAAUUGCCUGUGGUGACAAAUUUGUCAGUGAGAUAGCAAUCCACCUAGCCACUGUAUUUGUGGGAUUGGGUCCCUUCCUUUUUGUUGUCAUCUCAUACGUCUACAUCCUUGCGUCCAUCCUGCACACCCACUCCAACUCUGGGAGGCACAAAGCUUUCUCCACUUGCAUUUCUCACGUGGUGGUGGUCAUCCUUUAUUUUGGAAAUGGAUCGGUUAACUACAACCAGCCCAGCUCUGGCUACUCCCUGCAGACUGACACCCUGAUUUCCACCAUGUAUUGCAUUGUCACCCCCAUGUUGAACCCCCUGAUCUACAGCCUCCGCAACAAGGAGGUGAAGGAGGCCCUGUGGAAGCUCCUGGGAAGUCCCAGGAGAAUAUAG